CUUCAUGCUCAUAUGACGACAUGCAGUUGGAAGAAAUCAAAAAGUGUAUCAUUCACGACGCUUACCAGCGGCCAUUGUGUAGGACAAUGAUGACGAUGUCAAUUGAUAUAGCACGAUGCACAGAAAGCAUUGAUAAGUUACAGGAAUUCUGCAAACGACCAAAGUCAAUUUAUUUUCAAGAUUGUUUUUCUGUCAACUGCCCAGGUACCAGUGAGAACAAAAUGAAUGAGACUGAGGCGAUACUUAUGUCCGCAUUCCCCAAACCAAAGCUCGGCAUUUUUAGACAAGGUGUUUACGAGAUUCCUACAUCUCACUGUAACAUGAAGCAAUGCAUGCAUCAAUUACAGAACUGCUCUACAAAAGAAUAUAAUUUACAUUGUUCGAGUAAAGAUUCAUUCAGGAGAUAUUGCCAUGCUAAAAUAAAUGCAAAGAGAUCAAUCAGAUUGUUGCGAUGAUACAAAAUGUAGGAAAUAUGCAAAAAAAAAAAAAAAAAAAAAAAACAGGAGGAAAAAGACAUUCCCGCCACUCAAUAAAUAGUUAUUGCACAUGUAUGAUAUAUUGAAGUAAUUCUUGGUAUCUAAGAUCCCUUAAAGUAAACGAGGAUCCCGCUUUCAGUUUAUGCAGACGCAUAUUCUUAUACUUCUGACCUCCUAUUAAAUACUAGUAUAGAUUUAACAUAGUGAUAUAUAUCUACUGAUUAAGUUUACUUCAAUACAAGAAAUGUUUGAAAAUCAUAUGCCCCGGUGGUGCUAAAUUGAAAAGGGUUAUAAAAAUGCAAAAUUUCAUUGACAGUACUGUCAAGACGAUUCAAGAUAUUGAGUAGACAAUGUCUCCUUAUGUCUAAAGUUGAUUAACCUUGUGACCUGAAAUCAAUAGGGAUAGGCUACUCCUUUUUGGUGCCAAUCAAGCAAAUACAAGAGAAAAUACAUUGAAUGAUAAUAAUAAUUUUCAUUCAUAAAUUGUAUGUCGAUUCGAUAUGUCUCUGUGAAAUGAAGGACACCACAGAGUCGUCCACUUCCGCUACAUACUUAGAUAUUUUAUUGGAAAUAUAUAUCAAUGGCAAACUAGCAACUCAACUUUAUGACACACGGGAUGAUUUCAGGUUCUCCAUCGUCAA